AUGGCUCACAAGGUGCCGAGCGAGCAGUCCCCAGACCAGACUCCUGUUGACUUCGACAUCAACAAAUUUCCAUCUAUGAGCGCCAUCUUCUGGGUCAAAACAUUCUUCCUCAAAAGACUCCCACUGGAACUCGUCGAAUUAAUCCUCGACCAUGCCGAAUACUGGCCGCACACCACUACGAUCAAACCUAGACUGGAACUCGUGCGAACCCCAGUCAAAUGGCGUGGCACAUCUUCCGAUAUCGUGUCGAGAACUUGGCCGAGUCGCGAAUCCGAAGCCAUGCAAGAGGUGCUUGGAUUCACGCUAUACUCGCCACCGUUGGCUUCCGAAAGUAGUCUUACUCGUGCUGCUACGUUAAAAAGGGGACUACGUCGGUUUAUGAGUAAAGAUUCGGAGAUCUGUUUGCCACCAAGAGGUCAAAAUCCUGCACGCAUGGUUGUCUUUGAAGUCGCCAGUCAGCGGUACGAUAUUCAACCCGGCAAAUUCUGUGAUGUUGGUAUCGUUAGAGAAGACGAGCUGCUGCUCGGACAGGACGUUCCGAUGGUAGAGGGUCAACGGAGGAAUUCUAGCGUAUUGUCUGCUUUCCGGAGUACGCAAAAGCUGUCGAAACCCUCGAAGCCAGACAAGACACAACACCUGGUCGCUCAAAGAGAAUGUUGGUUCUCAGCGCAAGCGAAGGCGGAGAGUAAAUACGUUAUCAAACUGAGAUAUGACGAAGACGUAGACGAUGAAAUCAGGAAACACGCCGAUGAAGAUACGAUGCCUACCACAGCAGACUUCAUCAGAAAGCUGAAAGUUGGCGAUAGCAUUGGACUAUGGGCACCCGUUUUGAGAGGCAAUUGCGUCUCUUCAAACACAACCAACCUAUUAACCCUCAAUGCGCCGCCCUCCCCACCAGGCUUCGAAGUCCGCAUCCGUUUCAACAACACCAUAUCUCUUAAUUCGCUGGGCGUAUACGUCAACACCAUCGGGCUCAUCUAUCGAGCCGUGCAAAAUAGCUGGGACGAAACCUUUGAUGGGUCAUCAGGCAACGUCUACGGCGUGGAUAAAUUAGGUGCACCGGGACACAUAGUUGAACCAGACGACCACUCUUUCACCAUCACCCAAUCUUACGACAGCGAGAUACUUGUCAACGAGGAAGUCUUCACGUCAGUUCGCGACGGCUUAACGAGAUCAGCGGUAUUCGACAACGAGCAUUCCUGCAACGCUUCCUAUGCUGCUGUCUAA